UAACUUUUUAAGCGGUCACACUAUUGGCAAUAGAAACAUUCAGCAAAAGUCCCGUAAAUAAAAUUAAAACGCACUAAUCGCUAACAAAUUUGCGCAGUGCGCAGUCACAAUUGCGAAUUGCACAAAGAACGUCAAUAUUUGUAAAUCGAAUUAACGAGCGCUGCACCCAGAAAGGUUCUUUUCUGCCCAGAAUGGAUCAUCGGGUUUUUCUGUCGCUGAUCUUUGUGCUCAGCGGCACCUUCAAUGUUCUGGUGGUGAAGUGGGCGAAUCAACAGCAGGUGAUUGGCAGCGAUGAAAAACUUCACCGCUUCCAGCAUCCGGUGGUUUUCACCCUGCUCAUGUUCCUGGGCGAGUUCCUGUGCUUCCUGGUCUUUAAGCUAAUCCGCAUGAUCUCCAGCCGGCGUGGAUCUAUUGCCGAUCUGGACAACAUUCUGACGCAAGACAGCAGCGAAUUCAGACCUUUGAGUAUGCUCCUGCCCACCGUGCUGGAUGUGGUGGCUUCCAUUCUGCUCUUCACCGGACUGUACUUGACAUACGCCACCAGCUUUCAGAUGAUAAGGGGCGCCGCUUUGAUCUUUGUGGGCAUCUUCAGCACCAUGUUCCUCAACCACACGCUCAGCGGUCGCCACUGGCUGGCCAUCUUCACCAUCUCCUGCGGUCUGCUGGACAUCAUUAGCUUGGACGUUCAGCGCGUGGGAUACGACCAGGUCACCUUGCCGUAUACGGACCAAAAAUCAAUCCUGACCGGCGACUUGCUUAUCCUAAUAGCCGAGAUCCUGCACGGUCUGCAGUAUGUUUACGAGGAGAAACAACUCAAGACCUCGAAUGUGGCUCCAUUGCAAGCCGCCGGUUGGCAGGGGAUUUUCGGAUUGAUCAUUACAUCGCUGCUGGCCAUUUGUAUGCACUUCUUGCCCAGUGUGAGCCCCUUCAAUGAGAGCUCACGUGCUGUGUUCGACGACUGGAGUGAUCUCCUUGCGGGUCUGCAGGGCAAUCCCGCCUUGAUUAUGGCCAUGAUUGGCUUCACCGUCUCAUGUGCCCUGUACAACUUUAUUGGCCUGUUCAUUGCGAUGUACUCGUCCAGCGCCAACCGCCUGCUUGCCGAUGGUCUACGCGUGUACUUUAUCUGGGUCUUUGUGAUUGUCAUGGAGUGGGAGUACAUCAAUUUGGUCACGAUCCUGGGCUUCAUCAUCCUGCAAAUGGGCAUCAUCCUCUACCGGCAAGCCCUUUUUCUGGACUGGUAUCGAGCUGCAGUGAGCCGUUGGUAUCAAGCCCGAUACGUGGACUUAAGUGCGGAGAACACAGCUGCGCCCAACAGUCGACCAGCGGAUGUGAUCUAAAGAAACUGAAGCAGCGAUAGCAGGAGUGAAAAGAAUCCUCAAUUGGAUUGUGAUAAGAGAGAUGGGCUGGUAAUCAACCUUGGGCUGAUUCUUGAAAAUUACUUAUUGAUUAUAAAAGUUUAGCAUAUAAAUGCAAUUAGCAAAUACACACAUAAAAUGUUA